ACACGCACAAAUCUAUUCACCCUCAUACCCUUUCGGUUUCAAAAUUUUACGUUCAGGUCCAAGGACGCAGGAUCAUCUUGGGUAUUUUAGAAGGAUCCAUCCAUUGAUAAAAAUGUCAACCACCUACAACAUCCGUACCAUGUCCCAUCAGCGCCGACUGGUGCCCAAUUUGUUGCGCACCAUCAUCUACAUGCUGGAAGAUGGCCAUCGACCGAUGAGCGACACAGAGAUCAUCUCCAGCCUGGGUGCCCGCUAUCGCCGUGCAGAUCCCGAGUUUCAGCGACAGGUGCGCAUGCAUUUGGGUGACGGUGUCUCCUAUGGCAUUCUGCGGCGCCAGAACGAUCAUUACUCUCUGCGCUCCAAGCGACUGGCUGAAAUCCUGGCCACCAUCCCAUCUGGACAUCCCGGGAACCAAUAGGUACCAAAUCGUAGUCCACAAUCGAAUAAAGUCCACAACAAUAAACCAU